CCGAUCGAGUUCUCACAGUGUGGCAGCUAAUGUGAGACCACAGUGUGAACGUCAGCGUGCGGUACUGAGUAAAAACGGCACUAUAAUAAGAAUUUAUCUGCGAUCACUCACUCAAAUAUGUAAGAGUGAAGGAACGCAAACGGACAUAGAUCCCUGCUUCUGGACACAUGGCUGGACGGCUGCAGGGCCGGAGGGAGGGACAGGAAACAGGCCCCAACAGGGACGCGAACACCCUUCUGUCCUCGCCAGCAUGGCUGAGGGUAAACGGACUGAAGGCGAGCAAGCUCACGCUCCCUCAGGUCCUCGCACAAAUCGGCUUCAGGCAAAGGGAAGAUUACGUUCCUUCUCUUGGGAGAUCGGUCUGCUCUCAGUACGCUGGAGGCCUGUUCACACGGGUGGGGAAGAAUGGAUCUGUUUAUAACCUGACUGCAAGUCCUGAACAGCUGGAGGAGCUGUGCGAGAGACUGGACCAGAAGGCCAGACUCUUCCGAUAUCGACUGGCUUGGCUCACAAGUGGCAGUCGGCAGAUAUUCGGGGUCAUCCAGGAGCGUAGCGCCGCCCUAGUGCUGGAUUUCGGUGCUGCAAGCGCGGGCCAGUUCCGCCUAGGCCAAAGCUCUGUGUGCAUGGUCAUCAAGGAGCAGGUGUCUCAGAUCGCCUGGUUCAACCUUAUUCGGCCUGGUCCAGUAGCUGAGCUGUGGCAGGGGGUAGCGGAGUGCACGUCACCCACUAACAUCGACGCUGCUGUGGCGUGGGUCUGGGGACUGUGUCCUGCAAAGUCCUCUCCCUCAUAUACUGCCAACGCACUGCUUGCAGCAACAGGGGACCCGAAGCUAGAGGCUGUAUACUUGUUUGUUGUGGGAGACUGCAAAGUGGACACAGCCAGACUGCUGAAGACGAGAAGAAUGAAAAAUGCACAACCCAUUCACUGUGUGUCGUUCAACGCCAGGAGAGAGGAAACCAUUAAAAGAUUAAAGGAAUUAUCCCACCAUACUGCUGGGAGGUUUCACGCCUUUGCUGAGAUGAGCCUGUUUGAAGACGUGUCACAUGACUCGGGAGAGGGGGAUCAUGGGAUUGCAAGUCGUCAGAUGUCACUCAUGCCCAUUGGAGGCCUGCCUCCAGGGGAGGUUGUCAGGGAGGACGUAUUCCUGGUGUGGAGGGAGAUGCAGGACGCAUUGACCAGCAGGGCUGAGAUCCAGGAGCUGCUGCAGGAGCUUAACGCAACAGUGACCCCUGCAGUUCCUGGGGGUCUGGCAACCGCAGUGUCUGAGGACUGUCUAAGUUCCAAAUCGUGGCUCUGCCACAAUGGGCUGAAGGUGCAGAACCUUUCACUGCACGACGCACUGGCGGACUGCGCCUUCCGGCAUGCGGAUGGCGUUGAGGUCGCCAUGGCCAAGCUGCCUGAUGUUGAACUUAAAAGCAAGUUAAUCAAUGCCAAGUACUGCAGUCAGUUUGCACACAUGACAUGGGUAGAUGGCUCUGUAGUCCAUGUAUACGUCACUCCGGAGAAGUCCAGAUGGUACAGAGACCGGAUGGAGGAGGCCCUCAAGAAGAUCCAGAGAAGACUGGAGUGGCUGCAGCAGGGCAGCAGGCAGCUGUUUGGAGCAGUUCUGGAGCUGCAGGUGUACAUCCUCAUAGACAUCUCAGAGUCCAUGAAAGAGCACCUUCCUCUGCUGAAGGACAAGUUCUACCAGCUCAUACAGGAACAGCUUCGCUUCAAAGCCAAAGUCAACUUUGUGGCAUUUGGCUCGCAAGUGGUCUCCUGGAGGGUGAGGUUGACGGAGGUGACUGAGAAGAACCUGGAGAGGGCCUGGAGCUGGGUUCAGGGUUUACAGGCCGGUGGGUCCACCGACAUCCUCGGAGCUCUGCAGGUGGCUCUUGCAGACAUUGACACACACGCUGUUUACCUUCUGGCCCACAGUGGCCUGGACGAGCACACAGGGACGCUCCUGGCCCGAGUGCAGUCGGAUCGGCCGGUCCCGAUCCAUGCUGUGUCCUUCGACUGCAGCGACCUGGAGAGCGACUGCUUCUUGGUGGAGCUGUCCCGAGAGACCGGGGGCAGCUACCACCGGCAUUGCAGCUGCUCUGUGGAUCCCGGAGAGCCCAUGCCCUUCGUGAGUGAAGACACCCACCUUCUGAAGGAAGAGAUCAAGCAGGGGAAGAAGGACCUGAAGACUGUUUUGAGGCUCAGGGCAGAGUGUGUCAUGCUGGACUGGUAUCACAACAGCGGCAAUAAGGGGGCAGAAAGGAACUGUAGGCGACCCCCAGCUGCCCCCCGCCCCCCAGGCAGCGCGAUACGUACCCGGGGACCCCGCUUGGCCACGCCGCGUGGCCCCUCCUCACGGGGACGUGACCCCAGUCCAAGCCAGGGGACAUGGCAGCCAGCACACAGAGACACGGCUGCACUGCGGGAGUUUCUGGAACACGCCGCUGACGUCGAGGACAGGGACGGAGCAUCAUCCCAGGACUGGACGCUGCCUGAGACACAGGCCCUCUUCCAGAAGAAUGUCGACAAGCAGAACUGGGUCCUCAACAGUCUCCAGGCGACGCCCACGGAAGAUGACCAAAAGAGAGAGAACAGGAAAAAGGCAGCUCUGUCCCUCAAUGUGCCUACAGCUCGCUGGCUACAAACAAACAGCCUGGUUGCCAGGAGACUCACCAUAAUGGAUGUUUUGGCCUCCACAGUCAUCCGACAAAGAGCAAAAUACAUCCCCAUUCUGCACACAAAUGUCCAUUCAAAAGUUUUUGAUGAGGUCUCGCCGCUGGCCCUAGGGAGUAGGGGCUCGCAGAGGGUCAUCCUGCUCAACCCCCUGGCUGUGGACCUAGAGGGAUACAAAGCCAGGCUGGAGGAGGCCCUGACAGCGUACAAGAGGCGCCUGGAAUCGAUUUCUUCGAACGCGCUGAGUGAGGAGGAGAAAAGCAAGCUUGGCAGCGAGGAGCCAGUGGCUUUCCCGGAGCACCGGGUUGCCUUGCUGGGGGCCCAGGAGGACCUCAGUUGGCCACUGCCUAGGAGGGAUGUGGACUUACUGGAGGAGCAGGUCCACCUUGCUCACUCUUUCCUACAGCAAGCCUCAGAUCUGCAACAGACUAUCAAGGAGAAAGCCCACAGCAGGCACCCUGACCCUGGGACCAGAGUGGGUAGCCGGCCAGCUAAAGGCUCGGGGAGGAAACAGAGGGGGGCCCUAGAUGGCCUGAGGGGUCAGAGCGCAAUCGGCAGGUCUGAGACGGACGGCUUCUACUACACCGGCACCAUUCGGAGAUACAUGAGUGGCAAGCGAGUGCUAAUGGACUUCAGGAGCGGCCAAUCAGAGGUCAUUCCUUUGAGGUUCCUUAUCCCCAUUGGAGGCUCUGGGCCCCGCCCCCCAUUGGCAACAGGAGAUUUCGUGUUUGUUGGCUCCGGGAACGAAGGUGCAGGAGACUGCUUCGUCCCAGGGGUUGUCAUAGCAACGCCUUGUAGACUGGACUCCAAGGACAAACUAUACACAGUUUUCAAAUUCGACGACAGAAAGGUACAUAUCACACGCAACAAGAUCAUCAAAAUUAGCCAAGCCGGAUACAACCUCACCUGCAGCUACAUCAGGGAGUGUGAAGGGAGACAUGCAGGGGUGUCUGAGGAACUGCAUGGUACAGCUAAAAGUUUGGUGCCAAAGGAGACGAGGAUUGCGGUGUCCUGCAGCGCACUAGAGAGGUCAAACUGCCUGAAGGUUACAGGCCAUUCCCAGCAAGGAGCUCCGUGUCCAGGGGAGGGGAGAGGCCAUGAAUAAUCUCCAAAGGGAUGGGAUGCAGUGCACCUGGACGAUGGGAAAAGGCAGGAGGAAGACCACACCCCUCCUCCCCGCAACCAACACAGCUGCCCCUCCUGCUACAGUUCAUCACCAAACUCACGUGGGCCGCGCCACUCCUGCAGUGGGGAGGGGGGGAAUCGCUCCCUUGCUCAGCACUGAAUCCUCUCCCAUGUGAUGGCUGCUCUCGCUUCCAUUUAGCAUCCCAAUGCCAUCAGCAGAUUAGCAGAAAUCCCAUUGGGGUGCUCAUCCCCCAGGACAGCCACAGCAUGGGCUGUACCUGCAGAAAAUCCCCCCGGCACUAAUGGUUCGAGCAAAGAAAAAUCAGCUAAUCAGAGGCUAUUUCAGUCACUGGCACCCAGGGAGGAACCUAAAGAACAAAAAAACUUGCCUGUUUUUUGUGAUUAUGUUUACCAACCUGUUUUUGAAAGACGUCAGAAUUAAUAAUUGAAGAUUAAUUAUGGAAAUACCACUCAAUGUUACUGCUAUGACCUUCCUACUGCAAUGUUGAUAUGCAUCAGCUCGAUGUACAGUACACAAGUGACACGUGUGAGACAGUCACCCCAGGGACACGUCCUUGGUGGCCGGUGGACAGAUGGUGAAGGUUAAGUAGCUUUUAAUAGCUUUUGCGGAGGAUUUCCUGGGGAAACUAAAAUAAUUUAUGUUAUUAAAAACACGAAUACUGGGCUGGCAGUAACAGUUCUGCCCUUACACACAGACAUGCUCACAAAUCUUUUUUCAGUGGAAGCACUGUCUGCUUUUGAAAACUGAGAUUUUGUAAAGCAAGUGUUAUUCGAUAUUGUACAACUUCCUUGUUGAUGAAGGGGAAAUGAUUCUGGAAAGAUGAUUUUAGCAGACUAUCACUGGAAUUCCUGUGGUACUGCUGGAUUAUUUGUGUGGGGUCUUUUUGUAGCUGGACCAAAUUAGCCGCCUGUCUAAUUAAUCCCAGGGCUAUUCCGGCCUGGCAGUAUUUUUAGUGCCCGCUGCAGCUGCCCACUCUCGCUCUGGCACACCGAGCCGGCGCCCAUCUGCCGGUAAGCCUGGCAGGGAGCGACCUGUGCUUAACCCCCCCGUCUCCAAGAAGCAGCAUUACAGGGCUCAUCUGGGGGCAGAGGGCUAAUCCAGGAUUAUCUUCUCGGAUAACAUUGCGGACUUGCUGCUCUGGGAACAGAUCCAUCAUUCUAGAAUGCUCUCCCAGGCUGUUUGGUGUUCUCGUAUUUUCUUUCAUGCUCAGAGUUACUCACUGAUAUGAAACUGAAAUAUUAAUAUUAAACAUUGUGAGAUCUGCCAUACAGCCAAUACUGGCCUAUUUCAUGUGCUGAAGGUAGAAGUUGCUUCACUUGAAGUUGGCUUCUUUGGUCCUAUUGCCUGUGCUGGCUGCACUGCUGUUACUCUGUUCCACGAAGGAUUGAUUCAUAAUAAUCACAUUUCCCCUGUAUAAUGCAUGAAUCAGAUCUCAUUUGUGUAUAACAGCUGCAGCUAUCUUUGGUUGUAUGGUGUUCUGCCUGUAAUAGAACAUUUCAGCUACCGAAUAUAUAUUUUCAGGGCCCUAUAUGUAUUGAUAUUAAUAUCAUGAUGAUUCAGUACUGAAUGUGGAGGAGAAUAGUCAUUUUUUAAAUACAAUGUGUCUGCAGUUUUUCAUUUAGCACAAAAUCCAGAAUCUACAACUGCUCCUUAAAUAAUCUCAUCCAAAUAUCCCUGAUUUAAUAAACAUAUAUGGGUACAAUCCUCCUUUUCCUGCAUGAUUCAACAGCACUGUGUUAAUUAGCAGUAUCUGGCCUUCAUAAAGCACUAAUUCUUCAUGGCAUGAUGUCCUCUGUGACCCCUAUCCCAACACAGCACCUUCCAAUGAUGCGAACACGCAAAUGGUCAUCUACGACUCAAAUCCAAGGGCUCUCCAAGCACUGACUGCAGAUGUGAGCAUCAGUGGGCUGUAGAGCACUUGAAGCUGACCAGAUGGCGCUUCUGAAUAAUAAACAUACGAUGGACGUUAAGCGUCAAUGUGCUGCAAAUUCAGAAAACACAAGUUAAACAAAAAUCGCUGCAAAUCUGCUCACAAUACAAUGGAUGUUUCCAGGAGAUAAUAAGACAAUCAGGGCUGGGUGACAUAUCGAAUGUUUACAGUAUAUCAAUCACCAAAUUGCCCAUAGGUGUGAGUGUGCCCUGUGAUGGUUUGGCGCCCCCUUCUGGGUUGCUCCUUCCCUGGCACCCGUAGCCUCUGGCAUAGGCUCCCGAAUAG